AUGACUCAAUUUGAGGGAGAAUCCUCUAGCAAAAUGGAAAUUUUGCUUCAAAAGCUAUUGGAAGAAAUAAAGGAAAUGAAGAAAAAAUUGGAAGAUGUGGAUAGAAGGGUUAGAAGUCAAGAAAUGGCAAAGCAACCAUUUGAGGGUUUCAACCCCAUUGGUCAACAUGAUGAGGGAUCAAGGGGGAAUCAACAAAGAAAUCUUCCACCACAAGUCAAUAGAACUCAAGUGAGAUCCCAACAUAACCUUGAAGAGCAUGAUUCUUUUGAUGGAUAUAAUUAUGAUUAUGGAGCCAAUGAUCAAGUUCAACAAGAGAGGUUAGGUGGGAGAGGAAGAAGAGGAGGAAAUGGAGGGUGGUAUCCGAUUGAUGGUAGAGAAUAUAAUAGAAGGAAUGAUGAUGAAGAUCAAGGAUUCAACAACAUCAAGGUUACUCUUCCAUUCUUCAAAGGAAGUGGUGACCCGAAUAAAUAUCUUGAUUGGAUUGUGAAACUUGAAAGGCAAUAUGAUCUCAACAAUGUGAGUGAUGUUAAAAAGUAUUACAAUCUUCAACAAGGAAGUAAGAGUGUGGAAGAGUAUUAUGAGGAACUAGAGCAUACUAGGCUUCAAGCUAAUGUCAAUGAUGAAGAGGCGAAGCUUGUGGCAAGAUUUAUCUCAGGCUUAAAUAAAGAGGUAAGGCAUCCAUUGGAAUUGCAUCGUCUUUCUACUUUAUAUGAAGCUUAUCAAAUAGCACUCAAGGUGGAGGGUGCAAAGCAAGAAUUGAAGUCUAACUUUGACAAAGGCAAAUCAAAGGAGGACUACAAGGAUGGAGGUAACAAAUCUAAACUUGAAACUUCAUCUAAAAUAAAGUGUUUUAAAUGUCAAGGAUAUGGUCAUAAAGCAAAUAAGUGUCCUAAUAGAAGAACUAUCAUUGCAUUGAAUGAUGGUGGUUAUCAAAUCGAAGAUGAAUCUAAAGAUGGCCUCAUGAAGGAUGAUAGUAGUGAUGAGUUUAUGGGGGAAGGUUAUGGAGAAGAAAUUAAUGAUGAUGGAAAUCUUGUUCUUAUUGUGAGGAGAAGUACGAGUGCUCUAGCAAGGGAAGAUAUUGAUCAAAGAGAGAACUUGUUUCAUAAUUGGUGUAGAGUGCAAGAGCAAUUAUGUUUCUUUAUCAUUGAUAGUGGAAGUUGUGUCAAUGUUGCUAAUGUCUCUAUGGUAGAACAAUUAAAACUGCCAACAAGAAGGAAUCCAAAACCUUAUAGAUUGCAAUGGCUCAAUGAAUGUGGUGAACUCAAGGUAACCAAGAGAGUGUUGAUAAAAUUCAAGAUUGGAAGUUAUCAUGAUGAAGUGUUUUGUGAUGUUGUACCGAUGCAAGCUUGUCAUUUAUUGUUGGGAAGGCCAUGGGAAUAUGAUUUGCAAGAUUAUGAAGAUCUAUUUUUGGAAGAAAUACCAAGUGGAUUUCCUCCUUUGAGAGGAAUAGAGCAUGAAAUUGACUUUUUAUCGGGUUCUCAAAUACCCAAAAAAGUGGCUUAUAGGAGCAAUCCUCAAGAUACCAAAGAAUUGCAAAGACAAGUGGAAGAACUUGUGAAUAAAGGUUUGGUGAGAGAAAGUUUAAGUCCAUGUGCGGUGCCCGUAAUUCUAGUUCCCAAGAAGGAUGGGGCAUGGAGGUUUGUUGUAAGUUCAAGAGGAGUUGAGGUGGAUGAUGAAAAGGUAGAGGCUAUUAGAAGUUGGUCAACUCCUACGUCCAUUAGUGAUGUUAGAAGCUUCCAUGGGUUGGCAAGUUUCUAUAGGAGAUUUGUGAAGGAUUUUAGUUCUUUAGCCGCUCCUCUAACCGAGGUCAUUAAGAAGGAUAAGCCUUUCAUUUGGGGUAGAAAACAAGAGGAAGCGUUUAGAAUCUUGAAAGAAAAACUUAGUUCCACUCCAUUACUUCGACUUCCCAACUUUGAGAAGAGGUUUGAAAUUGAGUGUGAUGCUAGUGGAGUAGGCAUUGGUGUGGUCUUGAUGCAAGAAGGGAAACCCAUAGCUUACUUUAGUGAGAAAUUAAGAGGAGCUCCAUUGCAAUAUUCUACCUAUGAUAAGGAACUCUAUGCCUUAGUGAGAGCUUUAGCAAAUUGUCAACAUUAUUUGUGGCAUAAGGAGUUUGUGAUUAGAACCGAUCAUGAGGCUUUGAAGCAUAUUAGGAUCCAAAAUAAGCUUAAUAAGAGGCAUGCCAAGUGGAUAGAGUUCAUUGAGUCUUUUCCAUAUGUGAUUAAUUAUAAGCAAGGUAAAGAGAAUAUUGUGGAGGAUGCUUUAUCUAGAAGAUAUGAGGGCUACUUAUUUAGAAAUGGAAAACUUUGUGUGCCUAUGUCUUCAUGGAGAGACUUGUUAGUGAAAGAGGCACAUAAUGGAGGUUUGAUGGGUCAUUUUGGAGUGUCAAAAACCUUAGCUAUUCUUAGUGAACAUUUCUUUUGGCUUAAAAUGAUAAGAGAUGUGGAAAGAAUUUGUGCUAGGUGUUUGGAUUGUAAGCAUGCUAAAUCUUCUACCCAACCCCAUGGCUUGUAUACCCCUUUGCCUAUUCCUAAUGGUCCUUGGUUAGAUAUUUCCAUGGAUUUUAUUGUUGGGCUUCCUAGGACAAGAAAUGGUAAGGAUAGCAUCUUUGUUGUUGCGGAUAGAUUUUCAAAAAUGGCUCACUUUAUUGCUUGUCAUAAAAGUGAUGAUGCAUCUCAUGUUGUUACUUUAUUUGUUCAUAAUGUGAUGAAAUUGCAUGGUGUUCCCCAAACAAUUAUUAGUGAUAGAGAUUCAAAAUUUCUUAGUCAUUUUUGGAGGUGUUUGUGGGGGAAUUUGGGAACUAAAUUGCUAUUUUCUACUUCUUGUCAUCCUCAAACAGAUGGUCAAACCGAGGUGGUUAAUAGAACUUUAGGUAACAUGCUUAGAGUUAUGGUUAAAGGAAAGUUGACUUCUUGGGAGGAUCAAUUGCCACUAAUUGAGUUUGCCUAUAAAACUAUUCAUAGAUCUAUUGGCAUGACCCCUUUUGAGUGUGUUUAUGGCUUUAAUACCUUGACUCCAUUGGAUUUCACUCCUUUGCCCAAAGAUAUUAUUGUGAGUGUUCACUUUAGAAAGGAGAGAUUUCCAAGCAAAAGGAAGAACAAGCUUAUGCCAAGAGGAGAUGGACCUUUUCAAGUGCUUGAGAAGAUUGGAGAUAAUGCUUACAAAGUGGACUUACCAAGUGAGUAUUUGAUUCAUAAUGUUUUCAAUGUUAGUGAUUUAUCUCUUUUUGAUGUAGGAUUGGCGAAUUCGAGGACGAAUUCUUUUGAAGAAGAGGAGAGUGAUGUACAUCAAAGUGACGCUACUUCGAGAAGGCCCUUCACAAGAAGUCAAGCUAAGGACCUUCAAGCAUAUCAAGCUUUAUGGAUGAAGAUGGAAUCUUUGGAAGGCUCCAAUAUGGAUGACUUGAAGAUAUUUAAUAUUCUAAGUGUGUCUACCAUUUAA